AUGAAUUCCAUAUGUGAUAAUGGCUUUGUUGUUGUAAAUGACUUAAACAAAUAUUCUGGCAUACAAGAAUCUGGGGCAUUUGAAGAUAUAGAUUUUCAAGGUUUUGAUGAAUUAGCUGGAAAAAAAUCAUUUACGUCAGAUGUAGAGAAUACAAGUUUAACAAUAACAGAAACAGCAUCAGCUGUAAUUCAAAAGCAGUUGGGCUCCUUGAUACUUGAACUGAAAACACCUGAAGAAAAAGAUAUCUGUAGUUAUUCUCCUGGUGAAACAGCUAAAAACUUGUUUAUUGGUCAGCCAUAUUUUUUUGAACAAUUUAAGUCUUAUGAUAAAAAAAUUAUUCUGCUCGAUUCUGCGAUAAAACUUCAUGAUGGUAAUGGAAUUACUGCUGCUAUUUUGUUUUUAGAAAAAACAUUAAAGCCCUCACUCUUCUAUCAAAUACUUAAGGAUAGGCCUGUUGCUGUGUCUCAUUAUUUGACUUAUUUGAAAAUGCUUCAAAAACAUGUAGAACUUACAGAUAUGCUGGUGAUGCUUCAAAAGUCUGAAGAAGCAGCUAUGAUCCAAUAUAAAUCUGCAAUAUUUGUGCAACAAACUGAACAGAAGAUAAAAAAUUUACAUAAAUGUUGGAAAAAUCACUUAGAUGGUGAUCAGAAUCUUUCAUUAUAUUCAAAUUCUGUAAAAGAGUACAUACAUUUGUUGGAAAGACAACUUCCAAUUGAGGAAGAAGAUCUGAGACAGGAGAGAGAGAUGAAAACUCCCACAUUUCAGAAUCUUCCUCGUACAGCUUCUUUGUUAAACAUGCCAGUUGUGACAACUUUGUAUUAUUGUUGUUUGUAUCAUUAUAAUUUGCCUGAAAUGUGUUUUGAAGAUAGGUGA